GGCCCGGCCCGGCCGCCGCCUCCCGCCCCUCGCUCCGCCCCGGUCGCGGCCCGACCCAGCGGGAGGAAGAUGGCGGCGCUCAUCCCCCUCAGCCAGCAGUUUUCUACUGGGAAUCCGAUAUAUGAAACAUAUUACAAACAGGUAGAUCCAACAUACACAGGGAGAGUUGGGGCAAGUGAAGCUGCUCUGUUUCUUAAAAAAUCUGGUCUCUCUGAUAUCAUCCUUGGAAAAAUAUGGGAUUUGGCUGACCCAGAGGGUAAAGGAUACUUAGAUAAACAGGGUUUCUACGUUGCGUUGCGCCUUGUAGCAUGUGCACAGAACGGCCACGAUGUAAACCUGAGCAGUCUGAAUUUGACUGUGCCACCUCCUAAAUUUCAUGACACUAGCAGUCCUUUACUGAUCACACCACCCUCAACAGAGACUCACUGGGCUGUUAGGGUGGAAGAAAAAGCAAAGUUUGAUGGUAUUUUUGAAAGCCUUUUGCCAGUAAAUGGUUUACUUUCAGGAGACAAAGUAAAACCAGUACUGAUGAAUUCAAAGCUACCUCUUGAUAUCCUUGGAAGGGUCUGGGAUCUCAGUGAUAUUGAUAAAGAUGGUCACCUGGACAAGGAUGAAUUUGCUGUGGCAAUGCAUUUGGUUUAUAGAGCUCUUGAGAAAGAGUCAGUUCCUUCACAAUUGCCUCCUUCUCUCAUACCACCUUCUAAAAGAAAGAAGACAUCAGUCUUUCCUGGUGCAGUCCCUGUUCUCCCUGCAAGUCCUCCCCCAAAAGACAGCCUCCGUUCCACCCCAUCCCAUGGCAGUGGCACCAGCCUGAACAGCAUAGGGAGCUUGUCUCCCAAGCACAGCAUCAAACCAGCACAACCAGCUGUUAAUUGGGUGGUACCAGUGUCUGAAAAAGUGCGAUAUGAUGAAAUUUUCUUAAAAACAGACACAGACUUGGAUGGGUUUGUGAGUGGCCAAGAAGUAAAGGAUAUUUUUAUGCAUUCAGGUCUAUCUCAGAAUCUCCUAGCACAUAUAUGGUCUUUGGCAGACACGAGACAGAUGGGAAAGCUCAGCAAAGACCAGUUUGCACUCGCCAUGUAUCUCAUUCAGCAGAAGGUCAGCAAAGGGAUUGAUCCUCCACAAGUGUUAACUCCAGAUAUGAUCCCUCCCUCAGACAGAAACACACCCAUCCAGACUCUGUCAGGUUACUUGACCCCUGUAGGAACUGAGAUCUCAGCACUAACAGAAAUGCGGCGUGAUAGUGCAAGUUCUGUUGGAUCGGGAGAAUUUACAGGGGUGAAGGAGCUGGAUGAUAUUAGUCAAGAAAUUGCACAGCUGCAGAGAGAAAAAUAUUCUCUGGAGCAGGACAUUAGGGAAAAGGAAGAAUCGAUCAGACAGAAAACCAAUGAAGUUCAGGAGCUGCAAAAUGAUUUAGAUAGGGAAACAAGUAACUUGCAAGAGCUGGAGGCUCAAAAACAAGAUGCCCAAGACCGCCUGGAUGAGAUGGACCAGCAGAAAGCCAAACUGAAAGAUAUGCUGAAUGAUGUAAGGCAGAAAUGCCAGGAAGAAACACAGGUGAUUUCAUCACUAAAAAUGCAGAUUCAGUCUCAGGAAUCAGAUUUAAAAUUACAGGAAGAUGACCUUAAUAGAGCAAAAGCAGAGCUGAAUCGCCUCCAGCAAGAAGAGACUCAGCUAGAGCAGAGUAUCCAGGCUGGAAAAGUGCAGCUUGAAACAAUAAUCAAAUCUUUAAAAUCAACCCAGGAAGAAAUAAACCAGGCAAGAAGUAAACUCUCUCAGCUGCAAGAAAGCCAUCAGGAAAUGAAUAAGAGCAUUGAAGAAUACAGUGAAGCUCUCAAUGGGAUUCAUGGUGGGAGUUUGACGAAUUUAGCAGACAUGAGUGAAGGCCUUGGGCAGACAGAAAGAAGCAAUUAUGGAGCUGUGGAUGAUCCAUUUAAGAAUAAAGCUUUGAUGUUUACCAAUAAUACACAAGAAUUGCAUACAGACCCAUUCCAGUCAGAUGAUCCUUUCAAAUCUGAUCCAUUUAAGGAAGCAGACCCCUUCAAAGGCAGUGACCCAUUCCAGCAUGACCCUUUUGCAGAACAGCCACCUGCUCCAGCAGAUCCCUUUGGAGGAGAUCCAUUUAAGGAAAGUGACCCAUUUCGUAGUUCUGCCCCUGAGGAUUUCUUCAAGAAACAGGUGAAGAGUGACCCAUUUACCUCAGAUCCAUUCACAAAAAACCCCACUUUACCCUCAAAGACUGACCCUUUUGAAAGCACUGAUCCUUUUACGUCUUCCAGUAUCUCUUCAAAAGGUCCAGAUCCAUUUGGAACACUGGAUCCAUUUGGAAGUGGUGCUUUCAGUGGUGGUGAGGGAUUUGCAGACUUCAGUCAGAUGUCAAAGUCAGUACCUUCAGACCCCUUUGCUUCCUCUUUUGGAGGGACAGGAUUCACAGAUGACCCUUUCAAAAGCAAAUCAGACACACCAGCAUUACCACCCAAGAAAAAUGUCCCUCCACGACCCAAGCCACCCAGUGGUAAAAGUACUCCUGUAAGCCACCUUGGGUCUGCAGAUUUUCCCAAGCCCCAUGAUCCAUUCCAGCCAUUUGGGGCUGACAGCAGUGACCUGUUUCAAAGUAAAAAGGGGUUUGGGGACCCAUUUAGUGGAAAAGAUCCAUUUGCUCCCUCCUCUUCAAGUAAAACUUCUAAAGACUCUUCCUUGGGUUUUGCAGACUUCAGCUCUUUUGGAAAUGAGGAACAGCAGCUGGCCUGGGCAAAGAGAGAGAGUGAAAAAGCAGAGCAGGAAAGACUGGCUCGGUUGAGGAGACAAGAACAAGAAGACCUUGAGUUGGCCAUUGCACUCAGUAAGGCUGACAUGCCAAACUCAUAAAGAGGGUCUUGGCCUCCACCCUGUUCAAGAGAAACCUUGGAACAAAGCUUUUAUAAAAAUACUAAAUCCUUGGUUUAUAUUUGUGAAAAUAAUUUAAGUCACCUUCAGAUCUAAACAGGACUGGCUGGUUUUGUCUGACCAGGCUCUGUGUGGCUUCUCAAGUGCAUAACCUGCAGGAAUCACUGUAUAAGCUGUAUUGUAUGUUCUAGAUAAAAUUUAUUGCUUGUAAGAAAUUUAAUGUGUAAUCCUAAGGUACUGAAAGUUUCUUUAUCUGAAACACAAAUGUUGCAUAGAGUAAACUGCAGCUUGUGAAUCUGGUUUUUCUUAUAACCUGAAUUCCACUGGGUCUUUGAGGCUGCAGUAUGGAUUUAAAAGAAAAGGCCAUAAAAAGAGAAUAUAGAAUUAGGUUUCACUUGUUACAUUUAUUUAAUAAUUCAUGGUAGGCUAAUCAGUACUUCUUCUGCAUCAUCUAUGUCAAAGCAUAAAUUCAUUGGUAUUUUUAUCCAGAAGUUGUGGCUUUUUGCAAAAGAAUCUGACAAUUGAUAUAUGAUGGAUACAAUGAACUCUAUAAAACAGUACAAAUUUGAAGACUGGAAAUUAGUAGUUCUUCUAAUUUAAACUUUUGUUUGCAUUGAGUCUUAAUAAUUGUAUAGGACUAAAAGUGGAAAUUAAUUUAGUAAAUGGGAUAAAUAAUUUAGCAGUCAAAUUUAUGAAGUAAAAAUUUGCUUUAGUGCAAGCAAACAGGAUUGCAAGGUGGUGAUAUACAUUUGGGUGCUGCUUUAAUGUGACAUCAAGAAAUGAAGUGGUGGAAAAGUUGCCAUGUUUGAGGAGUGCUCCCCCCUAGCACUCAUUGUACCCUCAUUUACUCCAACUCCCAGCACACAGAAUAGGUUGUGUUAGCCAGGUGACCCUCUGGGGCAGUCUCUACCUCUGCUUCUUCAAUUCCACCUCUUUGGGGUUACAGAUCAAGCAGCUUUAGCUGAAAUGAAGCCAAGUUGAAUCAGAUUUUAGUUGCCAAACACACAUUCAUGCAUCAGUUCUGGCACCACUCUCUGGUUGGCUCUAAAAUCCAGUUUGCAGGACUCAGACCAGGUAGGAACAGGUUUUAUAUGCACUGAAUGCUUCCACCUGGAAAACACAACACAGAAUGUGUUUGACGUGUCAUAGAAAAAAUGAGUCUGUGAAUUUAAUUUGCUUGCUAGAAAUGCCUUUUCUGAUUACAGGAAUUCUAAAACUUCUAUUGUGUUUGCCUUGGAAUUUUCUGUCUGGUAGAGUAGGGAUCUAGCACAGCAUUUUUAAAUGUCCUCAGUCUUCUUUCCUGCCCUUUGUUCUCUGGGAAUACAAAAGCUUUACAUUCUGUGUUCUUACUGAUGUGGCCCUUGUCUUACAACAUUUUCUCUUUUUUUUAAUGCAUCAUCUUCAAUGCAUUUCUAUUUUUUAUGUCCUUGUUUCCUUUUAUUUUCGUACUACAAUGAUAGUGCCUGUUCAGUGAAUGAAAGCAAUCUUUCCCUGUUCAGUUGGGAUUGCCUUAUCCUGGAUGCUUUCCUUACACAGAGGAGUCAGACUGGAUCUUUUUUAGCAUCUUGGUAGCUUUCAGCUCUGAAAUGCAGCCAGGAUUUGUAGUCUCAGGCUUUAGUGGGGAGGUAGGUGGAUGGGUGGGUGUGCAGACACACACAUCUAUUCAUGUUUAGGAUGUUACUUUUAGGAGUCACAGCUCCCCUUUUGCUGUGUGUCUCAUGUGCUAAUGGUACUACAAAUAAUGUAAACCUUUUAUUCUCCUCAGAAGAAGAUUUAUUUCUAAUACCAAAACCACCCAUAUAAUGGUCUUUAAUACUGUCCUUUAAUGAUUCUUUUGGGAUGCAAUAGAAGCUGUUUCUAAUUUUGAAGAACCUGAUUUGAGAUCCCCUCCCAUUGCAAUAAUUUUUCUCUAAUAUAUGUUUGAUUAAUAUAUGUGAUCAAACAUACUAAAACACAAAAAAUUCUCUCUUCUGUUGGUGUAUAGAACUUGAAAUCUCUGAGAACUAACUUGUGUCUGUCUUUAGGUAGCAUGAUAAAACUUCUGCUGUGAAAGAGCAAUUUUCAAAAGCAAGUGACUGCAAGAUUCUCAGUGCAGUUAUACAAACUGUACCCAUGUGUAAGAUCCUCCUGUUCACUUGGACCCGAGUCCUUGUGUCUCUUCUGCUACAAUAAAAUUUAGUAAGUAAUACCAGUUCUGGAUGGGAUGAUAUCACUCCAGUGGGACAGGUGGAUGACUAAAGAGCUUGAUGCAUUUUUGAAGUUCUGUACCAUAAGAAGACUUUCUGCUGCUUUGUCAGAUCCCUAAAACACUGACUUUAUAAUGCUUCUAGGCUAAUGCGAUGAUGUUUUCAAGAUGUCCAGCAGGGAGACAGUAAUGUGAAUUAAUCCAGCAUUCUGUAUAGUGUUAGGGCUUGUUUUUGUAUUUCCUUAUUGACUCUUCCUCAUAUUUGCUUGGACAGUAACUGCAGAUCAACCAAUGAACAGGGACAGAACCCAAUAUAUUGUCUAUGCACAAUAUUAGAUUUAGGAACCUUAAAUUUACUGAAACACUCUUGAUUCAAAUUGUUGUCACUGCAGUAGAAGAAAACCUAGCUGUGAUUUCUUGCUUUGUAUUUAAUACGGUUUUCCAUAUAAAAAGGAAGAUUCCCCACAUUCUUUCCCUAUGCUGUAACUCAGUGUUUGUACAAUACCUGCACUUGCUCUUUGAGGCAAAACUUUACUGCAAGACAUUGCUCUUCUUCCUCUAGACCAGUGAAAUUUAAAGCACAAACAGGCCUGUUGCUAUUUGAGCAGAGAAAAUACAUACAAUGUAAGAUAUGGAAAAUGUGAAUACCCCCAGUGCAUAUACAGUGUACAGUGAGAUCCAUAUUAUUUGUGUCUAUGUGUAUAUAUACAUAUAUAUAUAUAGAGAGAGAGAGUAUUGUAUAAUGUAAUCAUAGUGUGUGUAUAUACAUGUUCACAUGCUCUGUCCAGUAUAUAGUUCCUUGUGCUGUACAUAAAAUAUGUAUAUACAGUGAAUAUGUAGACUACGCAUAUAUAUUCUAUAUAUUAAAGCUUGUGUGUAUGAAUUCUGUAACCACAGAUGGAUACAGAAUUGAAUCUUUACAGAAAAUCAGAUUAGCUCAUGGCUCUGAGAGUUUUAAAGUCCUGGUUAAAGAAAAGAGGAGAAAUUAUUUCUAAUCAAUUUGUAUCAAGAUUUCUUUCAUUGACAUGAAAAACUGUGUUCAUUAGCUGUGCCAGGUGUAAGAGAACCCUGGCAGAAAGUAGUAAUUAUCUGCACUGGAUGUAAUUUCACAUUCUUUGUAGUUUUUAAAGUAUCUGUUUGGAAUGUACGUUCAACUGCUGAUCUUGCAUGUCAUGUUUCUUCUCUGGGCGGAGGCAGUGAGUUUUCUUCUAUGCUUGCUCGUAUAUUCCCUCUUCCCUCUUUCCUGUCUUUUCCUUUUGAAAAAAUUAUUUGUGGGGAGCUGUUCCCAUACACACACACCAGACAGUCACAGGCAAAGGUGGAAAACAUGUUUUUCUUGCUUCAUUCCAGUUAGAUUGGUUACACAUAAUUGUCAUCUGGAUUCCAGCUCUGUGUUUCCUCCAUUUCCACCUUAAACUUUUACUUCAGGAGGAACAAAUAUCCAUUGCAUAUUUGGCUUAGAGGAAAGAGUGGGGGUGAUUCUUCUUUCUACUUAGAUAAAUUAUUAGCCUCUGUGGUACCUUCAGUGAUCAGUCAGAGUUUAGCAGGGUUUUAUGGUGGCACACAUGUUUUAUAUAGAAUAUAUACUACUGGAUGGACUUGUGGAAAGCCUCUGUGGAUUGCACAGAGCACUGAGGCACAUCAAUUAAACAGGACAGACAGACAGUUGUUCACGUUGAACCUGCCCAUGCAGACAGUGCACAUAGGGCACAGAUAUUGAAUUACCACAUUGCCCCUCACAGAACUGUGUGUUCACGUUUGCCUUCGGUGGUUUCCCUCAGUUACCUUCAAACCUCCCAGUCACCCUGCAAUAAAAACAGAUGCUCAUAAAAGUCAUACUUCCACAAUAAUGCUGUAAGAAAUAUUUUUAUAUAGGCAACUUUUUCUUCAUGGAACCUCUGCCCUGUGAGGAUCAUCAGUCCUUCCUCUAUCUUGUUCCAUGUACUGUGCUCUCAAAGUGUAGGAAGUUCCAAGCUGUGUCUAUGUAAGCCUUUUUAUUUUUAAUUCCCAUCUGUGAAAUCUGUUGGCACUAUUGUAGAAAUCAUUUUGUCAUCUUACGCUCAAGGAUAGCACACUUUUCUUGAAUUCUUCUUACAAUCCUUUUGGGGUUACUAUUUCUUCUUUAGUGUUUCUCCAUUGAGAAGAAUAUUUGUUCUGUAGAACCGUGGCCCAAGGAGUUUUUUUCCAAGUAGAAUUGUUGCUUUCCCUUGUGUAAGAGUUUGAUUUCUCCUUUCUUCUGUAUUUUUUCCCUCCCUCUCGGGAAUUUAAUUUCUGCUUAAUCCUCAUUUAGAGCUGGAACUCUGUUGAUGUGAAUUGAUCUCUGCUGUUAAUCAUCUAAUUCAAUUAUCUUCCUAUACUAGUGAAACAGCCAGGUUUUUGGUUAUAUAUUUGGUUAUAUAUUGCAUCUAUGUAGACUUCACAACAACCAUCUUUUCUUAGAAAGGAAUUCUGCUUGGAGUAUGAUGGAAUCAUAGAAGAUUUAUUUUUAGAGUAAAUAUGUUUACUGUAAUUCAUUGACACAUCUGUUUGAUCAGUUGAUAUACUGCUCUUUUUACUUGAAAGUUUUAUAAAUAAAGGCUAAUUUGUUAUAAAAUGGAAUUUUCAUUUUCCCAACUUCUGCCUCUCCCUUUAAAUUUCAAAGGAAAGCUCCUAGGCACUGUGGUUCCUUCUGCUGUUGCAAGUGCAGAGUGCUCUUCUGGCGUCCCUUUUAAUAUAUCAUUCUUCAGUCUGAUCCGAAAAGGUGGAAACACAAAGUGGAAACUGCAGUGUUGACCUAAAUCUGACUAUUAU